GGACGUCCAACCUGACAGGAAGUCUCCGCCAAAGGAAUCUCAGUUCCAAAAACUUUUGAAUUCAGAGCGAAAAAGCCCUCUGAAUCUUCCCAAACCUAAAAAGGUACGAAAAAUGAAGCAGAAACCGAUCUGCAGAAUCCUACGGCCAGAGCAGCAGAAGGUUUCUGUUAGUAAGAGCACAGCUGUAAAAAAACAGAUUGUAAGACGAAAAAGAAAAAGGCCCCCAAAGACUGGCCCCGCUGCUCUCUUCUCUCCCAGAGAGUCUGAAAUUAUGCUCAAAUAUGCAAAAAAUAAAGACAAGAAGGGCAGAAAACCUGCCAGUUUCUGCCCGUUUGUCCACAUGGAGCAGCACCUGUGCAGGGUGGUCAACUACCAAGAGGAGGAGGGGGCGGUUAGCAGCAGCAAAGGAGGACAAACUGUCCCCAAAUCUCUAUCUGGGUUUGUUCCUUGCACGUCCUGCUUUCAGCUGGGUCGACCCAACGCAGAGAGCAGCAGUCUGGACCAACUGUGGUGCUGCCUGUGUGGAUGGGCGGCUAACACCAAGGGCCUCGGGGACCUUCAUGGCCCCUACUAUCCUGCAGUCUCUUCUGCAGACGGUCAGACGUGCAGAGCUGAGCAGAAACUCUCCAAUGGUCAUUUGCCAAACUCCUCCGAGGACGACUGCCCUCCUGAUAAAGCUUCGCUCAGAGGCGACAAAGGCCGUCCCACGGAGGAGCGAUUGUGUCUGAGCGAGUGUUGGAUCCACGAGGACUGUGGGAUCUGGUCCGCCGGUGUCUUCCUUGUCCGGGGAAAGCUGUAUGGAUUGGAAGAAGCUGCCAGAAUUGCACAGGAAACAAUUUGUUCAACCUGCCAUGAGACGGGUGCAAUAAUGGGUUGUUUUCUGAAGGGCUGCCUGAGAAAUUAUCACUACACAUGUGCUAUUCAGUCAGGCUGCAUCCUAAAUGAGGAGAACUUCUCAAUGAGAUGUCCGGAACAUAAGAACAAAACUUUCCCACCUGCUGCCAGACAAGACAAGACAUGACACUAAAGACAUGCGGGGGCCUUGGAGAACGCUCCACUGAUCUCCUCAGGGUGUGACUACAGCUGCGCGGCUUCACCUUUUCACACUUUUCUAAUCCUAAUGAACUCGAGCAGAAUUUCGGACGGAGGCCGGACCUUUCAGUAAGGCUUCCCGGCUUCACUUGUCACGACUGAUUCAGGGUCCACUUAAUUUAUUUUCACGUAUUCCCCCUUUUGUUUUCUUCCCUUCGUGUUCUUCUUUAAUGUUUCGCACACUUACUCACAUUGACUACAGGUGUUUGCAUUUGUUCCUUUUCUUGGAGAUUCUUCCUUCGACUAGCUGCUAACAACUACAUUUUAAUAAGUGAACAUAGAUGUUAUAUCAGAGUUUUAUCGACCUCUUGCAUAGAACACGUCUCAUGCAAGAGGCCACUUUUCUACAAGUUUUUUGUACAACUUUUUUAUUCCUUUUAAUGCUUUGGUUGUAUUUAUUUCCCUUCUGGUUGCAUGCGCAGCUGAACUUUGCUGCAUUGCACUUUAUACUAUAGUUUUCUAUUAGUUAUUUAAACCUGUUCCUUCUUUUUCUACUAAAAUUAUUUAAAUCUGAUAUAAAGCUGCACUAAGCUACAGUUAAUCUGUAAAAUUAUUUAGAGUUAAUGUCUGAAUAUAGAAAAUCCUCCUGUCCUUGUUUACUAAUACCUUCUGUUCAUUCGGGCAUAAAAUGUUUAUUUAGGUUGAUUUUCUCCUCACUGGAUGUAGAAACUUGAUGGCAAACGGCUCUUUAAGUGUUUGGUGAUUAUUGAGGGAAUGAAACUG